CAUUGUAGGAGCUUGGAACAGCAGGGAGAAUGGGCUUGUUUGUGGAAGUCUCUGGUGAGCAUUGCUGCUGCUUUCUCUUUCAGAAACAAACAUAUCAUGAUUGAUCUGGGCACUGGCAACAACAACAAGAUCAACUGGGCCAUGGAAGACAAGCAGGAAAUGGUUGACAUCAUAGAGACUGUGUACCGUGGCGCCCGCAAAGGCCGGGGUCUGGUGGUGUCCCCCAAGGACUACUCUACAAAGUACAGAUACUGAGCACUGCCCUCACAGGCUGUGCAGAGGACCUGGGGACCCCUCCAUGUAGAAAUACUCAGCUCUUCAAAGCCUUGGGAAGGGCCUGCAGCAGAACAUGGCUGGAGGCUGGAGGAUCCUUGAGAUGAGGGUUGUGGGGCCUUAACUAGCUGAAGCAAAUAAACGUGCAGUAGGGAACAGUC